AUGUCCUGCCAAAUGCCGCUCUGCGAAGGUGAGGUUUUUGCUGCGCCGUUGGGACGCUUUUCUGAAGGUGAGACUUUGCUUCCAAAAGGAGAGCACGCCUCUGACAUGGCGUUAGUCUCUCUGCGGGUGCAUGAAAAGGAACUUGUCAUUGACGCAACGUCUAGGGCUGACAAUUCCAUGGAGAAGUCGUGCGCAGGUAGCGUUUCAAAACCGGUGAAGCCACUAGAUUCUAAGCCGCUGGCGCUGGGGAUGAUGGAACAUUUGGCAAGCAGCACUUCAAGUGAAAAGACGAUCCCACGCCUAAUGGACUCAAAAUUGGCAUCCUCGUCAGGAGGCAGAGAUGGCAUUGUUAAUGGAGAAUGCUGUUAUUCCACACCGGCCGGCAGUUUAACUUCUUUUGGGAAGGUGUGUAAAGAAAAGGCGGUUGUGGCGGCCACGGAAAAGAGCGAAGAAGAGGAAAUUUGCUGCAUUUGCCUGGAGGAAUAUACGGAGGAGAACCCCAUGUUGUAUGGGGAAUGCAAGCACCAUUUUCAUUUGCCCUGUCUCAUGAAUUGGAAACAACGCAGCAACGUCUGUCCAAUGUGUGCGUCAGAGACGCUGCGGGGACUGGCAGAAGAUGAGGCUCCGCCUCCUGUUCGUGCAACGGACGAUGA